AUGCUGUCCCCCCCCCCUUACGACCCCCUGGAUCUGCCUCGCCCCCCCUGCGAUGUCAACAACCGGUGGGAGGGGGGCGACGAGGAGGAGGAGGGCAGCGACCCCGAAGGCAGCUCCGCUCGGCGCUUCGAGCGCUCCCGCAUCAAAGCCCUGGCGGACGAACGUGAGGCGGUGCAGAAGAAGACCUUCACCAAGUGGGUGAACUCACACCUGGCGCGUGGGACCUGCCGCCUCACCGACCUCUACAGCGACUUGCGCGAUGGGCGCCUGCUGCUGCGCCUGCUCGAGGUGCUCUCGGGGGAGCAGCUGCCGAAGCCGACAAAGGGCCGAAUGCGGAUCCACUGCCUGGAGAACGUGGAGAAGGCGCUGCAGUUCCUGAAGGAGCAGCGCGUACACCUCGAGAACGUCGGCUCCCACGACAUCGUGGACGGCAACCACCGCCUCACGCUCGGCCUGGUCUGGACCAUCAUCCUACGCUUCCAGAUCCAGGACAUCAGCGUGGAAACUGAGGACAACCGGGAGAAGAAAUCGGCCAAGGACGCGCUGCUGCUCUGGUGCCAGAUGAAAACAGCGGGGUACCCAAAUGUGAACGUGCACAACUUCACGACGAGCUGGCGGGACGGGCUGGCCUUCAACGCCAUCAUCCACAAGCACCGGCCGGACCUGGUGGACAUGGACGCCCUGCGACGCUGCAACGCCCACUACAACCUCCAAAGCGCCUUCAACCUGGCCGAGCGGGAGCUGGGCCUCACCAAGCUCCUGGAUCCCGAGGAUGUCAACGUGGAUCAGCCGGAUGAGAAGUCCAUCAUCACCUACGUGGCCACCUUCUACCACUACUUCUCCAAGAUGAAAGCGUUGGCGGUGGAGGGGAAGCGUGUGGGGAAGGUGCUGGAUGCGGCGCGGGCGGCCGAGGCGCUGGUGGGGCGAUAUGAAGCACUGGCCGGGGAGCUGCUGGCCUGGAUCGCCCGCACCAUCCUCGUCCUGAAGGACCGGCGCCUGGCGCAGGCGCUGCCCGGCGUCCGCAACCAACUGCAGGCCUUCAGCGCCUACCGCACCGUCGAGAAGCCACCCAAAUUCAUGGAGAAAGGGAAUCUGGAGGUGCUGCUGUUCAGCGUUCAGAGCCGGAUGCGGAGCAACAAUCAGAAGGUCUACGUCCCCCGGGAAGGGCGGCUCAUCUCUGACAUCAACAAGGCGUGGGAGCAGCUGGAGAAGGCAGAGCACGAGCGGGAGCUGGCGCUGCGCACCGAGCUGAUCCGGCAGGAGAAGUUGGAGCAGUUGGCAGCGCGGUUCGACCGCAAAGCAGCCAUGAGGGAGACGUGGCUGAGCGAGAACCAGCGCCUGGUGGCCCAGGACAACUUUGGGACAGAGAUGUCAGCGGUGGAGGCAGCGGUGCGGAAGCACGAGGCCAUCGAGACGGACAUCGAGGCGUACAGCGAGCGCGUGCAGGCGGUGAGCGCGGUGGCGGCCGAGCUGCAGGCCGAGCGUUACCACGACCUCGCCCGCGUCCUGGCGCGUCGAGACAACGUCGUGCGCCUCUGGGAUUCCCUGCGAGCUGCGGUGGCCGCGCGUCGCGAGCGCCUGCUGCUGCACCUCGAGCUGCAGAGGAUGUUGCGCGACCUCGAGCACCUCAUGGGCUGGAUGGGCGAGAUGGAGGCGCGGUUGCAGUCGCAGGACCUGGGGAAGCACCUGCUGGGGGUGGAUGCGCUGCUGCAGCUGCAGGCGCUGCUCGAGGCUGACGUGGCGGCGCAGGCAGAGCGCGUGCGGGCCGUGGGCGCUGCGGCCAGGAGGUUCGCUGGCAGCGGACAGGGCUACCAGCCCUGUGACCCGGCGGUGGUGCGGGAGCGUGUGGCGACGCUGGAGCUGCGAUACCGUGAGCUGGUGGAGCUGGCAAGCCGGCGCCGCGCUCGCCUGGAGGAAUCCCGCCGCUUCUGGAAGUUCUUCUGGGAUACGGGCGAGGAGGAGGCUUGGAUGCGGGAGCAGGAACGCCUUCUCUCCUCCGAAGACGUCGGCCGCGACCUCACCAGCUCCCUGCGCCUGCUGAGUCAGCACGACGCCUUCCGCGGGGAGCUGAGCGGGCGUGCGGGGCCGCUGGAGCACGCGCUGGCCCAAGGCCGGGCGUUGGUAGCCGAAGGCCGGUUGGGAGCCACCGAAGUAGCCGAACGGAUCCGCGAGCUGGAAGAACGAUGGCGAGCGCUGAGUGAGUCGGCAAGCCAACGUGAACGCCGCUUGCGCGAAGCCGUCGGCUUCUUCCAGUUCCAAGCGGAGGCGGCGGAUACGGAAGCGUGGUUGGAAGACGCUUUGCGUUUGGUGUCCAGCCCGGAGCUCGGCCACGAUGAGUAUUCCACGCGCAGCCUGGCGCGGCAGCACCUCGAGCUGCAGGAGGAGGUGAGGAGCCACCGCCGCACCAUGGACGCGCUCCACGAGCAGGCCAAGUCUUUGCCUCCCACCUUCGCCAACGUUCCUGGCGUUGCCUCCCGGCUGCCGGCGCUGGAAGGGCGUUACCAGGAGCUGGCAGCGCGCGCCGAACGCCGGCGGCAGGAGCUGCAGGACGCGCUCAGCCUCUACACCAUGCGGAGCGAGGCGGACGCUUGCGGGCUCUGGGUGGGUGAGAAGGAGCAGUGGCUCCACGCCAUGGACAUCCCGGAGAAGCUGGAGGACCUGGAAGUGGUGCAGCAGCGGUUCGAGACGUUGGAGCCGGAGAUGAACAACCUGGCGUCCCGCGUGGCUGCCGUCAACCGGAUCGCGGAUCAGCUCCUGGCCACCGACCAGCGGAACCAGGAGAGCAUCCGGGCCACGCGCGAGCAGCUCAACACCAGGUGGGAUCGCUUCCGGGCGCUCGCCGACCAGAAGAAGGAAGCACUGACGUCUGCACUGAACAUCCAGAACUUCCACCUGGAAUGCGACGAGACGACGGCCUGGAUGCGGGAGAAGACGAAGGUCAUCGAGUCAACGCAAGGCUUGGGCAACGACCUGGCGGGCGUCAUGGCCCUGCAACGCAAGCUUUCCGGCAUGGAACGCGACCUGGAAGCCAUCCAGGGCAAAGUCCGGGAAUUACGAGCCGAGGCGGAAAAGUUGGCGGCCGAACACGUGGAGCAAGCGCCGGGAAUCCUGGCUCGGCUGUCGGGAAUUGAAACAGUUUGGGACGAGCUUUGCUGCAGCCUCCGGCGUCGCGAGGAAUCGUUGGGAGAAGCCAGCAAGCUGCAAGGAUUCCUACGGGAUCUGUCGGCAUUCCAGGCGUGGUUAUCCCGAACCCAGACCGCCGUGGCUUCCGAAGAUGUGCCGGCUACGCUUGCCGAAGCCGAACGGUUGCUGAGUCAGCACGAGAGCAUCCGUAAGGAAAUCGCCCACUACGGCGACGAUUACCGCUCAGCGCGUGCCGUAGGCCGGGAAGUGACGCAGGAACGGCGGGAUGCACAGCACGUGUUCCUGCAGCAGCGCCUGGAAGCGCUGGACACGGGCUGGGAAGAGCUGGGCAGGAUGUGGGAAAACCGGCACCAGCUCCUGGCGCAGGCUCUGGCCUUCCGGCUCUUCCUGCGCGAUUCCGAGCAGGUGGAGGGAGUGCUCAGCACCCAGGAAUAUGCGCUGUCGCACACGGAGAUGCCGGGAACCCUGUCGGGAGCCGAAGCCUCCGUGAAGAAGCACGAGGAUUUCAUGGCCACCAUGGAAGCCAACGGGGAACGAGUCCAGGGCCUGGUGGCCACCGGGCGCAAGUUGGUAGCCGAGGGCAGCGUCCACGCGGAGAAGGUGCAGGAGACGGUGGAUUCGGUGGAGAGCAGGCACCGGAGGAACCGGGAGGCGGCGCAGGAGCUGCUGGGGCGGCUGCGGGAUAACUGGGAGCUGCAGCGGUUCCUGCAGGAUGGGCAGGAGCUCACGCUCUGGAUCAACGAGAAGAUGCUGACGGCGCAGGACGUGUCCUACGAGGAGGCGCGGAACCUGCACUCCAAGUGGCAGAAGCACCAGGCCUUUGCCGCCGAGCUGGCCGCCAACAGGGGCUGGCUGGAGAAGAUGGAGAAGGAGGGCCAGCAGCUGGCGACGGCGAAGCCGGAGUUGGGUUCGGUGGUGACGGAGAAGCUGUCGGAGCUGCGGGCGCUUUGGGAAGAGCUGGAGGUGACGACGCGGACCAAAGCGCGGCGGCUGUUCGAUGCCAACCGCGCCGAGCUGUGCGCCCAAUCCUGCGCGGCGCUGCGGGCCUGGCUGGCGGGCGUGCGCGCCCAGCUGCGCUCCGACGACUACGGCAAAGACCUCACCAGCGUCAACAUCCUCCUCAAGAAGCAGCAGAUGCUGGAGAAGCAGACGGCGGUGAGGGAGAGGGAGGUGGAAGCGAUCCGGGCGCAGGCGCAGGCGCUGAGCCGCGAGGACGCCAGCGCAGCCGAGGUGCUGGGCCAGGUCCGUGCCGUGGAGGAGCAGUUCCUGGGGCUGCGGGAACCGCUGCGGGAGCGUUGCCGUAAGCUCCUGACCUCCAAGGAGGAGCACCAAUUCAACCGCGACCUGGAGGAUGAGAUCCUGUGGGUGCAGGAGCGCCGGCCGCUGGCUGCGUCCACGGACCACGGCAAGGACCUGCCGUCCGUGCAGCUCCUCAUAAAGAAGAACCAGACGCUGCAGAAGGAGCUGCAGGGCCACGAGCGGCGCGUGGAGGAGCUGCUGGGGCGCCGCGCGGAGCAGCUGGGCAGCGCAGCCGAGCGCGUGCGGGAGCUGCGGGAAGCGUGGCAGGAGCUGCGGUUGCAAGCGGAGCUGCGGCACCAGCGCCUGGAGCGCGCUCACGCCGCCCAGCAGUUCUACUGCGACGCCGCCGAGGCCGAGGCCUGGAUGGGCGAGCAGGAGCUGUACAUGAUGGCGCAGGAGAAGGCCAAGGACGAGCUGAGCGCGCAGGCCAUGGUCAGCAAACACCUGGUGCUGGAGCAGGCCCUGCGCGACUACGCCCGCACCGUCCAGCAGCUCUCGCUGCAGAGCCGCAGCAUGGUGGCCAACGGCCACCCCGAGAGCGAGCGGCUGCGGCUGCGCCAGGCGCAGGUGGACAGACUCUACGCCGGCCUCAAGGAUUUGGCCGAGGAGCGCCGGGCGGCGCUGCAGGAGCACCAACGCCUCUGCCAGCUCCGGCGCGACCUCGACGACCUGGAGCAGUGGAUCUCGGAGCGCGAGGUGGUGGCCGCGUCCCACGAGCUGGGACAGGACUACGAGCACGUCACGAUGCUGCGGGAUAAGUUCCGGGAAUUCUCGCGGGACACGAGCAGCAUCGGGCAGGAGCGCGUGGACGCCUCCAACGCUCUGGCGGACGCUCUGAUCGCUGCCGGCCACUCGGAGAACGCCACGGUGGCCGAGUGGAAGGACGCCCUGAACGAGGCGUGGGCCGACCUGCUGGAGCUGAUCGACACGCGCUCCCAGAUGCUGGCGGCCUCCUACGAGCUGCACCGCUUCUACCGCGACGCCCGCCAGGCGCUGGCGCAGGUGCAGCACAAACAGCAGCAGCUGCCGGACGAGCUGGGCCGCGACCUCAACACCGCCGAGGCCAUGCAGCGCAUGCACAGCGCCUACGAGCACGACAUCCAGGCGCUCAGCGCGCAGGUGCGGCAGGUGCAGGAGGACGCAGCGCGGCUGGCGAAGGCCUACGCCGGGGAGAAGGCGGCCGACAUCCGUCGGCAUGAGCAGGCGGUGAGCGAGGCCUGGACAGAGCUGCGCGGCUGCAGCCAAGGCCGCCGGCGUCUCCUCCUCGACACCGUCGCCCAAUUCCGCUUCCUGCGUGCCGUGAGGGAUCUGCUGCUCUGGAUGGACGGCGUCCGGCUGCAGAUCGAGGGCCAGGAGCGGCCGCGGGACGUCUCUGCAGCUGACCUGGUGAUCAAGAACCACCAGAGCAUCAAAGCGGAGGUGGAGGCGCGGGCUGACAGCUUCGACGCCUGCGUGGCCAUGGGCACCGCGCUGCUCGACAAGGGCCACUACGCCGCCGACAAGAUCUCCGCGAAGCUCUCGGAGCUUCAGGAACGCCGCCGGGACAUCGGCACCCGCUGGCAGGAGAAGAUGGAUUGGCUGCAGAUCGUGCUGGAGGUGCUGAUGUUCGGGCGCGACGCCGGCGUGGCCGAGGCGUGGUUGGCGAGUCAGGAGCCCUUGGUGCGCUCGGCCGAGCUCGGCGCCAGCGUGGCCGAGGUGGAGAACCUCAUCAAGCGCCAUCAGGGCUUCCAGAAGGCGGCGGCCGCGUGGGAGGAGCGCUUCGCCGCGCUGCAGCGCCUGACCACGCUGGAGCAGAAGGAGCGGAGGCGCCGUGAGGAGGAGGAGGAGGCGAGGAAGAAGCGGACCCCCACACCCACCCCUGUGCAGCCCCAAUCUGGGGGGACCCCCUCGGCGGUGCCCCCCGAGAGCCAGAACGGAGUCAGGAGCGCAGAGACACAGCGAGCCCCCACCCCACGGAGCCGCCCCACGGAGCCCCCAACUGUGAAUGGCAUCGGCCCCGACAGCGCCGCCCCCCAGGUCCCCAAUGGGGCGCAGGAGCGGGUCCCCCCCAGCCCGGCCGCAGCCCCCCAGCAGGCGGCCACGCUGCCCCCCCCCCGCGCCCCCCCCACGCCCCCCGCCAGCCUGGAGGGGGGGCUCUGCCGCAAGCAGGAGCUGGAGGCGGCCGGCAAGAGGGCGGCCAACAGGUCCUGGCAGGGGGUGUACUGCGUGCUGCGGGGGGGCAGCCUGAGCUUCCACAAGGACGCCAAGGGGGCGGGGGCGGGGGCGCCGUUCCACGGGGAGCCGCCCGCCAUUCUGCGCGGGGCCCGCUGCCAGCCCGCCCUCGCCUACAAGAAACGCAAACAUGUCUUCAGGCUGGGGCUGAGCGACGGGAAGGAAUACCUAUUCCAGGCUAAAGAUGAGGCUGACAUGAGCACUUGGCUGAGGGUGAUCCAGGCGGCAGCGGGCUCGGCCGCCUCCCGGGAUACUGCGGGGACGAAGGGCCCUCAGCGGGCGCUGAGUAUGCCCCCCGCGCCCCCGCCCGCCGCCGAGGGGCCCCCCGCGCCCCGGGCCCGUGACGGGAAGGACCGGGAGAAACGGUUCAGCUUCUUCAAGAAGAACAAAUAGAACCGGGAUUGGGGAUCCUGGAGUCGGGAAAGGGGGGGGGGAUCCGGCGAUGGAGGGAUAUGGGGAGAGGGGGGGUCUCCCGUGU